AUGAUAGACACACGACGAGCACGCCGACCCGAUAACUGGAUCAGCGCAUCAACCUCUGGCAGUGUCUUUUACUGUCCGAGCUACCUGGCCCCCGCCGCCACUUCACAGACUGUGCUGCCCAAUCCGCCGAUCCGCCCACGGCAGCACCGCACCCGUGCCAUCCACAUCGUCUCCUAUCCGCCAGGCUUCGUCCCCGCCGAGUUGAGGCCGAAACCUGAGCCGUCAGCCAAGAAGAAGAGGAAAAUCGCCGAGGACAAACGACGACUGGAGGAGGCCAAGAGGAAACUCGAGGAGAAGAGGCAGCAGAAAGAGGCCAAGGAGGCUGCCAGAGAAGCGGCCAGAGAAGCUGCGAGGGACGCCGCCAAGCAGAAGCGCGCAUCGAAGCGGGAUUCUCUCACCAAAGCCACCUUUGACAAGCUCCUCGCUCCUUUCACCUUUGUGACCGCCUCUUCGCCAACGACCUCCGCGACCCCGUCUGCGGCACCGUCACGCCCCAUCAGUCGUGCGCCUUCCACUGCCGGCAGCAGUUUUCUGAACCGCCUGUCGAUCUACAGCCGGAACGAGGAGCCCCUGCAACUAGAUCCUCCACCACCACCAGCAGAGCCCGUUGCGCCCGUUGAGCCCGAGCUCAGCAACACCGACAUGGCCAUGCGUACUGCCGCAUUGGUCGAGGGCAGGCGCCCAGGCAUCUCACCAUACAACCCUGCAUCCAACAGGCAUAGCGUAUCCUCGGUUCGCUCUGCCAAGAACGCCGUUUCCUCCUUUGUCUCUGAAGUGCCCAAGCCCAUCGCCUCUGGAAGUGGUGUUUCGUGCUCCAUCCUCGUGGCAGAGCCCAACAUCUUCCUCUCCGGUUUCGAGCACGAUGGCCACCGCCAAGACAGCCAAGGCGGCACUGCUCUGCUUCGCGGCAAACUGCAGUUGUCUGUCACGAAAAAUGUCAAAAUUAAGGGCAUCAGCCUGAAGCUGCUGGGCAAGGCGCGCACCGAGUGGCCGGAAGGCAUCCCGCCUAUGAAGAUCGACAUGUUCGAGGAGGAGUCUCUGCGAACACAGGUGCUGACCUUCUUCAACGCCAUGAACGAUGGCUGGGAAACCGAGUAUGGCAACCAGUGCACGUACCGAAUGAAGAACAGCUCCAACAACUCCUCCCACACCAACCUCACCAUCAACGGCCGCUCACCCAACAACUCCAACAACCCCACGCCACGCAACAGUCUGACCGCGAAAGAGAUGAAACGUCUUUCUCUUCAGUCCAAUCAGUCGAGAAGCUUCGGCAAGGGUGACAUCAUGGGCGUCAACUCGGCGCAGGCCAAAGGGUACAAGGUCUUCUACCCUGGCACCUACGAAUACAACUUUGAGCUACCCAUCGACCACCACCAGCUUGAGACGACGAAGCUCCAGUACGGUUCUGUCAAGUGGGAGCUGCAUGCGACUGUUGAACGUGCGGGUGCCUUCAAGCCGAACCUCCACGGCCAGAAGGAGGUGUUUAUCGUUCGGGUGCCUGACCAGCUCUCGCUCGAGAUGACGGAGCCCAUUUCCAUCAGCAGGCAGUGGGAGGAUCAGCUUCACUACGACAUCAUCAUCUCUGGAAAGUCCUUCCCCAUCGGCACCAAGAUUCCCAUCGCCUUCAAGUUGACCCCACUUGCCAAGGUUCAGGUGCACAAGCUGAAGGUCUUCUGCACCGAGUCGAUCGAGUACUGGACCAAUGAUCGUCGCGUUACCCGCAAGGAUCCUGGCCGUAAGAUUCUGCUGUUUGAGAAGGCCGCCGGCAAGCCGCUCGACCCCAAGUACGCCUCAUCCGACGUGCGCGUGCUGAGUGGCGGCGAGCUAAGCCCCCGCGAACGCCGCGAAGCUCGUCAGGCUGCCGCCAUGCGCCGGUCCGUGGAGGCCUCGAGGCACAAUGCCAUGCCCCAUCCCCUGCCUGAGCCGUCGGACAACCUACUCGGCGACCUGGACCUGGGGCUGGAGAGCUACUGGGGCUCUACAGAGAUUGAGAUGAACGUGCAAGUUCCGACAUGCGAACAGAUGGGGAAGAGCAAAGAGCUGCGUCUCAACCCCGACUGCAGCUGGAAGAACGUCAAUGUGUAUCACUGGAUCAAAAUCGUCAUGCGCAUUUCCCGCCUUGACCCUGAAGAUCCUACUGGCACGCGCCGCCGACAUUUCGAGAUCAGCAUCGACUCGCCAUUCACAGUCCUCAACUGCAGGGCUACGCAGGCCAACACGUCGCUGCCCGAGUACACCGGUCUAGGUCUUGAUCCUUCGCAGGGUAGGCAAACCUCGUGCGGGUGCCCCGACGCAUCAGCCAUCGAGGCGUCGCCCAACUCGUCGACCGGCACGUUGCCGUCGGCGGAUGCUGGCCUCGACGCCAUGCCAGCACCACCCCAGCCGGCUCAUCUCACAUCGGCACACACGCAGAGCCCAAAUCCCACUGGAAACGGCAGGGACUCGCCCCCUACCUCUCAAAACCAGCCAAUCGACGUAUCGGACAUGUCGGCACGCCCUAUCCACCUUCUGCGCGUGCCCUCAUACAACCCGCCUGCGUUUGACGAGGACCAACCGCCUCCGGCCGCGGUGAACACUGUGGCCCAGACUCCGCCGCCGCAGUACGACGUCGUCGUCGGCACUCCCAGUGUCGAUGGCUUGGCGGAUUACUUUACACGACUGGCCGACUACGGUUAUGACGGUCGGGACGAUGACUCGGAUUCGGCCGAUGAAGGCCCCGAGAGUAUUAUGGAGCGUGGCGGACGUGUCAACGUGGCACACCCGCGCACGCCUGGCGCACCGCGUGCUCCUAGCAGAAGCAUGGAGAUUCAGCGUCCAAACUUGGACCUGGUGCUGCCGAGGGCCAGUGGGGCCUUGUAA